CAAGCAUCUCAACAGCUUCAAAUUUUUUCUGUUGCUUUUUUUGUGUUGCUGCAAACAAAAUCAGCUACAUUAAGAGGAUGAGUUCCACCGAGAACGCAAGCUUUCAAGCGGGUCAGGCUGAGGGCAAGACUGAGGAGAAGGCCAGCAGCAUGAUUGAUAGGGCGAAAGAAACUACCCAGAAUGUUAAGGAAUCCUGCCAAGAGAGUGGGCAGCGGAUGAUGGACAAAGCAGGAGGAGCUGCUCAGGCUGCUAAGGAUAAAAUCAGUGGAAAAUGAAACUACUGGCUCUCUUCUCCAACUCUCAGCCGACCAGGCAGCAGUUGGACAUUAAUCUGUUUUUUGGAAUUUCAUUGUUAGUUGCUUCUUUGUGUUCUCUCUUUUGAUACUGAGCUCAGAAGGAGCUGGUUAUGAAUGUAGCCUGAUGAUUCCUUUUUGAGCUAAUAAGACCAGCUUUCCAUUUCCAUCCACUCUUUUUCUAAGCUUUUCAGAAAAACAU